CCAUUGAACCAGAAGUCCAUUCCAUUGAACCAGGAGUCCAUACCAUUGAACCAGGAGUCAAUCCCAUUGAACCAGGAGUCAAUCCCAUUGAACCAGGAGUCAAUCGCAUUGAACCAGGAGUCCAUACCAUUGAACCAGGAGUCGAUCAGCACGCCCCUCUUUCUCAUUUGUCCACCAAGUGUUCUCAAGUGACCGCAGCAGUAAAUUCCUCAUUUGGCUCAGACCCUCACUUGGACAUGAGCCAACCAGUUACAUCUGAAGAAAGUUGUGAGGAUGACAUUGGAUGUUCUGAGGAAGAGUGGGGCGUGUAUGAAGAGAUGAGAGGGCUUUGCUUGCGCUGUCGCAAGAUGAGUGACAGGCUGAUACCCUGCUCUUACUGCUUAGUGGUCAAGUACUGCAGUAUGAAAUGUUUAUCGGAAGAUCGCCAGAACCACUUGAGCAAGUGUGGUGAGUAGUUUGUUUGAAUCCAGAGCCUCUAAAAGUUUAAGCUCGUAACUUACUCAUAUUUUUAGUGUAAAGUGUUCAUUUUUUUAAAUAGUUGCUCACUUUUAGUUUCAAACUAAUGUCGUCAUGGAGGCCUGUGUGGAAGGGUGGAGCUUUCUAUUUUUAAAAAAAAUGUUUUCGAAAAGGUCUCCAAAAUUUUUAUUAGGCUCAUUAAUAAACAUUAAGCAUUAAUUUAUGUUACAUUAAUGACCCCCCCCCCCACCAAUCCUUUUUUUUUCUGCCCGAGCAUGAAGAAGUGAGUUGUGUAUCCCCAGGGGUCGACUGAAUGUGGGUUAAACUGAUUCUUUAAAAGAUCAUUCACAAUCUUUCCAGAAAGAAUCUGCAUGUUCCAGGCCGUGGGUGUGACGUGCGAGUCCUUCCGACAGUCCUCUAGUAAGUUGUCCUACAGCUUCCUGGACAUUCCAACUCAAGCCCAGCGU